GGCAGUCAAGGCAGUGUCUGUGCCUGUUAAAGCUUAGAUAGAAAAAGUAAAGCAAGUGCUCUUAAAAAAAGUUUUUGUGUGUUUGUGGCAGUAAGUUGCUCAAGAGAAUUUUUUUGGUGAUAAAAGAAAAUAAACUCGAAUAAAAUGGAUUGCGGCACAACUGCUGUUAAAUAUGUUCUUUUUGUAUUCAAUACAAUAGUUUCGAUUAUUGGUAUCGUUGCUAUUUGUUAUGGGGUUAUUGUACUGAACAGUGUCAAUGCUGUGGAAAUUGAUGGUACAGUACAUUUUCCGCCUCAAGCCAUAGUUCCUGUUGGAUUAAUUACAAUUGGUUCGAUUGUUGUUUUGAUUUCUUUUUGCGGUUGUUGCGGCGCCAUUCGUGAAAAUGUUACCGAGACCAUGUGCUAUGCGAUCUUUAUGUUUAUAUUGCUUAUACUACAAUCGGUUGUCCUUGUUUUGUUAUGGACUAAUAAAGAGAAAAUCAGCGAUGCCAUGGGUCAAGUAAUUGAGAGUGCUUGGGAACGUGAAUCACGUGAGGCGGGUGUUUUUGAAGCUAUUCAAAAAUCGUUGAAAUGUUGCGGCGUUAAUGGAGUAAUUGAUUAUGGUGCGAUUCUUAAACUGCCACCACCAAGUUGCUGCGAGAAUGAUUCGUGUAUUACUACUAACUUUUAUGGUGGUUGCCGCCGGAAGUUCAUUGAUUUAGUAACCGGUAGCACUGAUAAUGCCAAAUACUUUAGCCUGGGUUUAAUCGCCGUUGAGCUCAUUGGAUUCAUUUUCGCCUGUUGCUUAGCUAAUAAUAUUCGUAAUUAUAAACGCCGAAAUAUUUAUUAAAUAAGUUUUUUAUAAACAUAAACAUUGUAACUGAUGUCCAAGACGGUUACAAUGGCCAUUAAUAUAAUAAUAUGCAACGCAUACUACCGAAAAAAAAAAUAAAAUUAAAACAAAAUAAAUAAUUUGUUGCAUAGUUCCCAUAGCUACCUGUUUACACAAUAAAUCAAAUUUAACCUCAAAC